UGUAUGCAGAGCGGCGCUCCGGAGUCGGUCAGUCACAGCCGGGAGAGCGUACAACGAACGAGCGUGCGAGAGAGGAAGCAAGUGGAGCAAAUGGAAUUUUUCACAGGGGUCCGACCGUUCUCAAUAUUCACCUAUGUGCUCAUUAACGGCAUCCUUGUCACCCUGCAAAGCAAAGAAGAGGUGCUUUUGGACAUGAAGGCCACAGGAGGUGAGCUGGGCUGGUUGACUUGGCCUUUCGAGCAGGGAGACAAGCCCGGGUGGGAGGUCGUCCAACGGACCCUGAACGGCUCUCAGUUUUACACCUAUUCUGUUUGUAACGUUGGCGAACGCGAGCAAGACAACUGGCUGCGCACCACUUUUAUCCAGCGGCGUCCGUCAGCCUCGCGCGUCUUCGUGGAGCUCCAGUUCAUCGUACGCGACUGCAACUCCUUCGACGGCGCGUCCAUGACCUGUAAGGAAACCUUCAACCUCUUCACUUCCGAGUCCGACGUGGACGUGGGCACCACCUUCCGCAAGGGUCAGUUCAAGAAAGUGGCCACCAUCGCUCCCGACGAGAUCACCAGCAAGAACGAGCUGCGGAUCAACACGGAGACUCGGGUGGUGGAGAACCUCUCUCGGAAAGGCUUCUACUUGGCUUUUCAAGACAUCGGCGCCUGUGUGGCGCUUCUGUCGGUCAGGGUUUAUUACAAAACAUGCCCCGCCACAGUGAUGAGCCUGGCGUCCUUCCCCGAAACGGUGGCGGGCGGCGAGAACCAAGCUCUGAGGGAGGUCAACGGGAUAUGCGUGGAUAACGCCGUCAGCGAGGAGCUGCCUCGCGUGUACUGUACCGUGGAUGGAGAAUGGGUGGUGCCGGUGGGCCAGUGCCAGUGCAAAGCGGGCCAUGAAAAAGUCCAAGACGCGUGUCAAGAAUGUCAGCCCGGCUUCUUCAAAGUGGAAGCUUCUGGUGAGAAGUGUCAGCCAUGUCCUGCCAACUCCCAAGGGCUGGGCUCCGGGACUUUGUUCUGUUCCUGCAUGGAUGGCUUUUUUCGGGCCCCCAACGACCCCCCCACUGGACCGUGCUCAGGCCUCCCCUCUGCUCCCAAAGACCUCAUGGCCACCACCAUACAACUAUCUGCUGGAAAAAUCCUCCUCUCCUGGAGUCCACCAGAUGACAGUGGAGGUCGGACGGACCUGACAUACAGCGUGGAAUGCCAACGCUGUGAGGGCUCCUCCUGUCAGCCGUGCGGGGACAAGAUCCACUAUGACCCAUCCAGUAACGGCCUGACCGACACUAAAGUGUCAAUAAGCGAGUUGGACGCUCACCUAAACUAUACCUUCACCGUGGAGGCUCACAGCGGAGUGUCCAUGUUUGGCAGUCAGGCAGCGCCUUCCACCAGUGCUCUCACUACCUCGCUGCGCUACACAGAUCCCCCAAAGAUCACCUCCAUUCGAAUGGUGGAGAGAACAGCCACCAAGUUGUCCAUCUCCUGGGAUGUGUCCCCCCGACCGCGCUUCCAACUUCGGCCCUUCCGCUAUGAACUAACCUAUCGCAAGAAGGAUGACAAUCUGGACGUUACCACCUACACAGUGCUGAUCCUGGAGAAGAGUUCUGUGCAGAUCAGCGAUCUGGCCCCAGGCACGGCCUACCUGUUCAGGGUGCAGGCCCUCAGGAGCGACGGCAGUCCUGGGGACUCCAGUGUAGAGGAACAGUUUGAAACCUCUUCUGCAGAACCGUUGACUCAGAGCAACCCUGCGCUCAUUUUCGGCGUGCCAGUCGCAGGCGCGGCCGUGUUGUUUAUACUGCUCGUGGUCGUCUUCCUCCGCAGACGGAAAAGAAACUCUCAUACCAGGCAGGGACCGGAAGACGCCUACUUCUCCAGCCCAGAGCAACUAAAGCCCCUGAAGACCUACGUGGACCCGCACACCUACGAGGACCCCAACACAGCUGUACUGAAGUUUGCAACCGAAAUCCAUCCCAGCCACAUCAGCAAACAGAAAGUCAUUGGAGCUGGAGAGUUUGGUGAGGUAUAUCGUGGUAGUCUGAAGGCCCCAGGUAGGACAGAGGUGGCCGUGGCCAUCAAGACACUGAAGCCAGGCUACUCAGAAAAACAGAGGCAGGACUUUCUGGGCGAGGCUUCCAUAAUGGGCCAAUUCUCCCACCAGAACAUCAUCCGCCUCGAGGGGGUGGUCACCAAAUUCAAACACGCCAUGAUUGUGACGGAGUACAUGGAGAAUGGAGCACUGGACAGAUACCUCAGGGACCGUGACGGCGAGAUUUCCUCCUUCCAGCUGGUGGGCAUGCUGCGUGGCAUCGCCGCGGGCAUGAAGUACCUCUCUGAUAUGAGCUACGUCCACCGCGACCUGGCUGCUCGCAACAUCCUAGUCAACAACACUCUAGAGUGUAAAGUGUCCGACUUCGGCUUAUCGCGAGUGCUGGAAGAUGAUCCUGAGGGGACCUACACCACAAGUGGAGGAAAGAUCCCCAUUCGCUGGACAGCUCCGGAAGCAAUUGCAUACAGGAAGUUCACAUCAGCGAGCGACGUGUGGAGUUUUGGAAUUGUUAUGUGGGAAGUGAUGGCGUUUGGGGAAAGGCCCUACUGGGACAUGAGUAAUCACGAGGUGAUGAAGGCUAUCAACGAGGCUUUUAGGCUGCCUGCGCCAAUGGAUUGUCCCUCGGCCGUUUACCAGCUCAUGCUGCAAUGCUGGCUCCAGGACCGCUCCAAGAGGCCGCGUUUCGGGGACAUUGUCAAUCUAUUGGACAAAUUGCUGCGGAGUCCAGACUCCCUCAAGGCCAUUGCCGACUUUGACCCACGCGUAUCAAUCCGCUUGCCCAGUGUGAGCGGGUCAGACGGCUCGCCCUUCAGGUCCGUGUCCGAGUGGCUGGAAUCCAUAAAGAUGAGCCAAUACAGCGACAACUUCAGCUGCGCCGGCAUCAUCAGCAUGGACCAAGUCCUGCAGAUGAAGAACGAGGACAUUAAGAAGAUCGGGGUGAGGCUGCCUGGCCAUUUGAAAAGAAUCGCUUACAGCAUUUUGGGCUUAAAGGACCAGACCAGCACCCUGAGCGUGUUCGCAGUGUGAACGCCAUCACAAAGGGAUUUGAAAUCAAGCACUGAAGCAGAGAGCCCUUUGGACUCCCAAAUGAGCUGGAGCGAUACCGCAGGGACGGACGACGCAAGCAAAAACAAACAUCCUGUACGCUUUUUGACGCUCGUAUCAACAAAGAGAGCACAGCAAACAUCAGUGAGCAAUGGCGGAAAUACACAAGUAGACUCCAGUACUCAGUCCUGUUUAAAAAAAAAAAAGAAAGAAAGAAACAGCACUCGUGGGAAUGGUUUCACAUAUGUGGAGCAAACGCACAAGGUGUGGCAGUGUGGGCGGAGAGAGCGAUAAAGGAGUCCAGCUUCCACUUCCUGUUCAACCGGCGAGGACGCUCGAAAUGAGCUCCUGGUGGCCCCGAACCAAACUAAGCUAUAAUGUUGUAAGCUAAAAGUGAGGCUUAUGUAUGAGGUACUCUGUAAAUAAUCCAUUUUUUUUCUUUUGAUUUGGGAGUUCACCCAAACCACUGGGAUUAAAACAUUUCUAAUGUAGCACUUCCUUUGAAAAUAUUGUGGUUUUGGUUUGUGUAGAAGGGACGGGAAAUGGCUCGUUUUGCUUUUAGAAAUGAAACGCAAUGGUGCCAAUGAGAAGGCACUCUAUCUGAUCUGCCGGUAAUGAAGAUGUAGUGGGUUGCCAGAAUGCAAAAAAAAAAAAAAAAGAUGUCUGGAGGAAAUGUCAGGCUUGUCGUGGCUGAGAUGAUUUCUGACUAAAUAAUAGUUCCAACUUCUCAACUAUUUUUGUAAACUACACUCAAUCAUGUGCUAUUCUGGAGGACAGGGGGAAGAAAUGCUUUGACAAUGAAGUGCGAGAUUUUUAAGUGCCUGUAUUGAGUUUCUUUUUGAAUUGAUGACUGCAAAUUGUUGUGUUACUGAUGUACACCUUUUUUGACUUGAAUUCUUCAAAUGAUCUUUUUGUAGAUGAUAGAUGUAGCUUUGGAAAAAGGAAUUCUUUUUGCGUCACAUUUUAUAUGGUGUCACUUAAGAGUUCAUUUUGUACAAUUUCCACUGUUUCUAUCCAAAGCCAUUUUAGCUGCCUUUCCCAAAAUGAUCUUUCAUCAAAGACAUAAUGCCUUCAUUUCUGACUUUUUCAAAAUGUAUUUAAUAGUCUAUUUAUUUUGUACUUUUAUUUAUUCGUCCUGAUAAAACACUGAGCUUGGAUUAGAAUUGAAGGUGGCUCCGUCA